UGUCAAAAUAAAUUCACCUAAAAUAUGGUUUUUAUAUUAGUAUUGACUGAGAUCUUGGCUAAUGAAGACCUAAGUCUGCAGGAUUUAUAUCAAGAAAAUGCACUACGAGAUGUUUGCAAUUGUUGUCUUUGCAGUCUUCUGUGGGAUACAUGUAAGUCAUGGAAGCAGUAGUCCUAAAUACACGUGGCCUCUCUUCACUGGAAAUCCCGUACUGGAAAUAAAACAAGAUGUUGCUGAAGGAAAACAAGGUUGCUUCAUUAAAUCAGGGAGUGUCCAUAGUACGCUUGAUUAUAGCGGUAUUUACCUGACAGGAAGUGCUCACUCUUACGUUGAUGUUAACAUUGAUGACUCAGCAGAAUUUAAGGACUUUUCGUUCACCGUAUAUGCUUGGAUUGAAAACGUUAUGGGAGCAGGAACAAUAUUCCACUACAAACAGACUGGAACAGGCGGUGAAGACACGGUUGCACAAGACAUAAAAGAUGUGAUUUUCUGGAAUAACCAAACACAUUUAGCUGCAGAAACAUAUGGACCAAACAAUGAAUUAUAUAGUUCCACUACAGCUGAGUUCAAUAUUUCAACCAUGGUUCAGCAAUGGGUAGGACUUCGCUUCAGCCAUUCACACAAUCAACAAGUUAAGCUUGUUACAAACACAGGUGUUUACAUAAAGAUGGAAACAAUGCAUCACACGCAUCUUGGACAACCUGGUACGCUUAGAUUUGGAUCUUCAUUCAAUGCUUCGCGACCAUCUUUCUACGGAAAUCUUAUAUGUUCAAAUAUGUAUGACACAUUCGACGGCAGCCUAUCCGAUUCACUUAAAGAGUGUGCAGCUGGCGUCUGGCAGCAAAACACAGCUGGAGCUACUCCGACGGAAACCUGCGACGAUUUAAAGGGAUAUCUCGAGAUUAAACAAAGGAAUGCGUCAAUAGAUGCCUCGAUUACAGCUUUAGAUUACAUGGCAACAAUGUCUAGAGUAAAGUGUGCAGAAUUUUGUCUGCGUACCGAGUUAUGCUGGACAUUUACGUUGGAUAAAGGUUUAGGGGUUUGCAAAAUUUACGAUGCCGACUAUUCAUCAAACAUCUUGUCAACCAUCGGAUGUAAUUAUUAUAUACGACGGGAUGUGUGUUGCUGAAUUAUGUCUUUGAAUAACUACAUUUAUUUUUAUUUAUAGCAGUAGUUGUUGUUGUUACCUGUCUGGAUGCUUUAGUGGAAGGUAUAAAUCUCUGGAUGAGCAUCCGGGGUCUUUGUCGAUCAUUACAAGCUAGAAAGUCGCGACGUUACCGGUUUUCUGUAGACUGGUGCUGUUAUCAUUUCUGGACCUUUGAGAUCAUUAAGUAAAUUCAGUGUUGCUGUAAAACAAAGUUGGUUCUAGCGAGUGUGAAGGAUAUCUGAUUAUCUCUCAUAAGUAUUCU